AUGAACAUGUUGUUCAGCUUAUUGAUAUUAAUAAAUUUUUCUAUUCUUUAUUCAUAUUCAAUUGUGUCACAAAUUCUUCCAUUCGUAUCAAUAUUGGAAGAAAGUCCAAUAUUAACGAUUGUGGUUGAUCUUCGUCCAAUAUUUCAAACACUUUAUGUCAAUCCCAAUCAAGCGGCACUACUUCAUAGUCAAUCGAGUCAACCGUUUGAAUAUAUAAAUGGAUAUAUACGAUUGAAAUCUCGUCUUGAUCGUGAAGAUUACGUUCGAAAACGUUUGUGUAUCGGCGGAAAUGUCCUUGAAUGUAACUUUACAUUAACAUUAACUGUUAAUCUUGAUGAAGCACCUUAUAAUUAUAUACUAUCACAGCCAAUAUCAUGUCAUGAUAUCAACGAUAUGAUACCGAAAUUUUCUCAAUCAGAAGCGAAGAUUUUUAUGGCCGAAAAUGUUCCAAUUGGUCAUCGUAUACCACUUGAAAUAGCAAUCGAUUUAGAUUCAUUGCCUUAUGGCAUUGAUUAUUAUCGCUUGGAAACAAUCGAUGAUAGCGAACAACAUCAAUUCUCUAUUGUUUAUGACAACCAAAGUCGAGAAUUAGAAUUGAUUGUGAAAGAAAAAUUAGAUCGAGAAUUAAUUGAAAAAUAUUUAUUUAAAUUAAUCGCUAUCGAUCGAGGUCAACCGCCGAAUGUUGGAGCACAAAUAUUAACAAUUGAAAUCAUUGAUGUAAAUGAUUGCCGACCUCGAUUUGAAUCGCCAGUUUAUAAUGUUACAAUUGCAGAAAAUACUGUACCUGAAUAUUUACUGAAAAUUCAUGCUGUCGAUAAUGAUAUUGGCUCUAAUGCUGAACUAAUUUAUACAUUAGAAAAUGAUUAUGAUAAACUUUUUCGUUUGGAUAAAAAAACAGGAAUUUUAACAUUGAAUCAAGCUCUCGAUUAUGAAUUACAUAAAUUAUAUCAAUUGAACGUUCAAGUACAUGAUAAUGGAGUAAACCCAUUGGGCGAUACGUGCAUUAUUUAUGUGUAUGUCCUUGAUCAAAAUGAUCAUGCACCUUCAAUACAAAUGAAAUUCAAUCCGAUAUUUGAACACAAUCAGGAUGGAAACAUGGCUUAUGUAAAAGAAUCGUUUGAUAUUAAUUUACCAUUGGUUUUUGUGACUGUAUUCGAUCAAGAUUCAGAGGAUCGUGGAAAAGCUCAAUUGGCAGUAGAACCUCAUCGUUUAUUUUAUCAUGAACUAAUUCGUCCGAAUUACUAUGCAAUAAAAGCGAAUCAAAAUUUCGAUCGUGAAUCGAUGUCGUCCUAUCAAAUUGAAUUACAUGCACGCGAUUUUGGGCAACCAAGCUUACGUCGUUCAAUGACAUUCGAAUUAAAUAUAACUGAUAUAAAUGAUCAAAUACCACAAUUUCAUACCAAUUAUACAUUUGACUUAAUUGAAAAUAAUCGUAUACCAACAAUAAUUGGCCAAAUUCAUGCCUAUGACAAUGAUCAAGGCCUAAAUGGGCAAAUAACCUACGCAAUAAUUCCAGAGUCAUCAUAUUUUUUCAUAACCGCCAACGAUGGAACUGUUUCAACGAAUACAUCAUUCGAUUAUGAAAUAAAACGUAAGUAUAGAUUUCAAGUACGUGCACGUGAUCAUGGCCAACCGCCGCUCGAAUCAUUUAUUGAUGUGCAAAUCAAUAUAAUUAAUAUUAAUGAAUUUUCGCCAACAUUUGAACAAGAUAGUUAUGAAUUUUUUGUAUACGAAAAUAGAACGAUACAAUUUAUUGGACAAGUUAAAGCUUAUGAUCUUGAUUUCAAUGAUUCAAUAAGUUAUGUGUUGAGAAAUUAUGAAGAUCUAUUUAGAAUUGAUUCUAAUGGAAAAAUCUUCACUCAUGUUGUGUUCGAUCGAGAACUACAAGAAGACUAUAAAUUAACAGUUAUCGCAACAGAUAAUUCAACAAUAGGAUCAACAAUUGUAACAAUAAAAAUUUUAGAUGUUAAUGACAAUCGACCUGUAUUUAUUUGGCCGGAAUCCGAUGAAAUUCAACAUGUACUCUCGCACGAUCAUUCAGAACGUAUUGAUGUCAACAAUCCGAAUGCACAAUUCAUCACCGAUAUUAUAAUGUAUGAUGAUGAUAUUGGAAAUAAUUCUCUCAUUGAUUUGACAAUGUCUGAUAACAAUGAAUUAUUUUAUGUUGGCCCAAAUAAUUCUCUAUGGUUAAGAAACUCAUCGAUACAACCCGGUAAUUUUUACAUUGAAUUACAAGCGAAAAAUUUUGAAUUUGAAACAAAAAAAUUUUUACAUAUUAUUAUUAGUGAAGAAAAUUCAUUGAAAUUAAAUUUAUUCAAUAAUAUGAAUAAAAAUUUUCAUAGAUUCUCAAUGAUAAUUAUAACUAUUGUGACAUUUUCUAUAAUGAGUUUUACUAUUUUUUUAAUUAUUUAUUAUUUCUGUAUAAGAAAAAAUGUUGAAAAAAAGCUAUAUGGCAGUAGAUUAAUCGUUAAUGAUGAAGAUAAAUCAAAACAAAAUAGUCCACAAACAAAGUCAACAACGGUAAUAUUACCAUCAAUUCACAAUAGUGAUUAUACUAUUAUUACUAAACAAAGAAAAGUUCCCUCUGGUCAAAGUCCAUCAACAACUGAUGUUGAAUUUUCUUCCUCUAUGCUCUCAUGUCCAUUCAAUGGUAUAUCAUCAUCGUCAACAUCGGAUCUCGAUCGUCCACAUUCUCGUCAUCAUAAUCCACAUUCAUCAGCUAUAUCAGCAUUAACAACACUGACGCGAAAGUCAGCCCGACGUCAGCAAACAAAAAAUGUUAGUUUUCAACGACCAACAACGAAUCAUAUGUUUAAUGAUCUAUUUCAAAAUACGUCAUCAACAUUUAGUACAUUACCAAAGCAAACAAAAUAUGACGCAUCAUUGAAUGAAAAUGCACCUGUACUAACAGAUUUGCCACGAUCGCAGUCGAAUAAUUUCCCAACCUUGCAAACAAUGCUGGAUCAAUCAACGAAAGAUAGCCAAACGCAAUUACCACAGCCACCGCCAUUACUUAAUGGAAUUCUCUUACUUGAUAAGAUGCUCAAAAACUCGUCAAUGUCAAACGAUGAUAAAAAACAUACGAUACCGACAUCAUCGGGUACUAAUAAUGGAUGGUAUAAUGUGACAUCUAAUUAUCAGACACGAGCUAGUAUUGUAUAG